AUUAACUUCAAUAUAUUCGAACCGCUAGCGUUCAAAGUAUAGAAUAGAAUAAACAAAUGAGAACACGGAGCAGCAACUAUGGUAGCAUUCCAAGUUUAAUUGAAGAAAAUGUCAAGGCUCCUCAAAAAUUUGCCUUAGAUGAUCCCAAGAAAAUUUCCUACAAAAAGGGUAAAAUAUCCAAAACAGUUUUAAAGAGCAACAAAAAAAUAGUCGAUUCUAGUGCCGAAAGAAAAUGCAAUACUCUUCAUGUUGUUACAAAUGAAGAGUUGCCUAAGAAGGUCUUUAAUAACCACAUUAGUUCCUCCGCAUCAUCAUCUAAAAAAGGUCAAAAAUUAUUACAACCCUUCAAGAAGAAUCUUUUAAAAAAUAACUCUCCCAAAGUUGGCAAAGACUUCGAUUUAUUCAAAAGAGGCAACAAAAAAAAGAAUUUAUCUACCUCCUUUGACGGUAACUUCAGAAAAAAAUCUACAAAAUUCAGGAAUAAUUUCGCGAACAAAUCACUCAAUUCGAUGAUGGAUGAUGACGAAGCUCCCGAAGUAGUUUCCUUCUCCAAGGCUACUAAGGAUGUUCAGUUUAGAGACCGGGCAAUUAAAAAGCAGCUAGACAAGGUGAGGGAAGAUGCCAAAGCCAAAAGACGCUUAGGUCAAGAACUGUAUAUGGCUCAAAAGAUGGCCAAACAAAAGCAGAGUAUCGAUGAAGACGAGAGACGCAUAUCGCCAGCGAUUUUAAAAGAGAUGGAAGAAUUGAUGAAUGCUCAACACAGGAUUGAUAAGAACAAGGAGAUAAGUAAGCCCUCUAAAAAUGCUAAAAAUGAUUCUGAUGGUGAUUCCUACAGAAGGGAGCGCAAAGUUCCGUUAGAUAAAUUGUACAUGAGGGAAGAGAUACUAAAUAAACGCCACGACGGCGAUGGACAAAGUCAAGAUAAAAUGUUAGGGCUAGAGGAUCUAAUGUACUUCUCCGAAGAGGAGGAAUCCGAGAAUAAAGUGAUUAAAAUUGUCAAGUUAAGGCAACCGGAAAUAGAAAUUGCACCCAUACCCAUGGAUAUUUUGGAGUACCGUAGGUCCAGGCUCCUGCAACCAACGGGAACUAAUAUGUCAAGAGAAAGCAUGCACUCAUUAAUGGCUUUCAAGAUGAAACAGAAGAUUGGUGGAUUAGAUCGCAUGGUCACUUGCUGAAUGGGAAAAUUAUAUAUAAUUUAUAUAUGUUGUUCAUAUGGUAUAAUGUUUAUGAUCGUAUAAUUAAUUAUGGAUUGCGUGAUAAUGUAUAAUAUUAAAUCAAUGAUAAGAAAAUAUAUUUGA